UUGCAGUCGACUCUAGUCUACUUUACCGAACAAUUCUUGUUUGUCACAUUUAUUCCUUCGUCUCGUAUUUUUGGACUCUUAUACGGAAUUCUGGAAAAUUCGAGAGUACUUAACUGCCAUAAAUAAUGAUCUGGACGUGAGUCAUACGAAUUCUGCCAUUCGUCUCGGAAGGAAGUCAGUUAUCCGCGGUAUCUCGUAAAAAAAAUGUCAUUACCUGAGGAUAAAAAAGAACCUUCGAACGUGAAAGAGCGCGUGAAGAGGAAAUUUACUAUAAAAGUGAAGGACGUUCAAUUGCGUGAGCAACUCUCGAAACUGAUUCGAUAUAUCACCCUUGCAGGAUGUCUGAUAGCUAUGCUCGUACAGUUGAAGCAGUGUUUUCAAAAAUUGACUGUACCACCGGUGACGACGCACACUCGAUUCCACGUGAACGAUUCUCUCUGGUAUCCAGCCUUGACUUUGUGUCGGGAGCCACCCUUUCGCAAGGAAGUUCUUACCAAAUACGGAUUGGCAGCGUCACCGAGAUACACGUCCCAUUGGCGUAAUUUUCCAUGGAAUGAAGCCACCAUAGAACAAAUGUACACAGAGGCUACGUAUCCAGCGAACGAAAUCCUCCUGCUUUACGGAUUGAACGGCGAAGAACGUAAGUUUUACAUGAAAAUACAGUGGUUCACACCGAUUUUCCUCCUGGGAAUAAAUAAUUUAGACAUUCAAUUGGAAAGCGCUUUUUACUUCGAGUCUGGAAUGUGUCACACGUUACUACCAAAAGCCACGACUACGGAAGCAGGAGUGGACGUGGGUUACUCGAUCCUCGUAACACACAGCGGUGAUCAAGGAGACAAUCAACCGUCCGGAUGGCACCUCUACGUCCACGAGCCGAGUGAGAACUGGACAGAGCAUAAAAUGCAGUCCCUUGGUAGGCAGGAGGCUCUGUAUGUCGAGGUCGGCGAGGAAAUACACGUUCGGAUUGCCGUGCAGGAGUUCCAUCAUAUGAACACUGGACAAACGAGAUAUUGCGUCGACAACGUAGAUGGAGGUGAAGUCAGGUGCGCCGAGAGAUGCCGAUGGGAGCAGAAAGCCGUGGAUAAUUGCGUGGCGCCCUGGAUGCCGGGCGUCGAUUUGCCGGAGUGCGACAAUGACAAUGACACCAUAAGAUUAAUAAUCAGCUACCUGAAAUUUGAUCAGUGCACUGGCGAUUGUUGUGGCUGCAAACCAAGCUGUCGUUUUGUACGGUACGACGCUUUACCGGUCACCAGGAAGCCAUUCCCAGAGCCGAUGUCGCAAAUCUAUGUAUACUUUACGGCACGGUUGGUCACUCUAAUGGAGGAAAAGUCAGCUUAUGACUUGUCGACUUUCAUUGCAGAGCUGGGGGGCAGUUUGGGGUUUCUUUUGGGACUCAGCGUCCUGGGACUUUUAAGCUUUUUUGAAAAAUGUGUCGACUUGGUCAUUAUGAAAAUACCGAAAAAGUCGAUCGAUACGUCGUCGCCCUAAACUUUUUCCUUACUUGGACUAUUCUUGGUGCUGAGUCUCAUUGAAUUCUAGUUGUCCGCACGUGUAUCAUUGCGCACAUUAUCCUAGAGUGCGUAGCUUAUAGCUUGAGUAAAUUGAUUUCGACAUU